GAUUGAUAAAGAAUUAUUAGAAUAUAAUCGAGAUCAGCUCUUUGAUAAAUAUUUUAAUAAAUUUAAAGAUUGGAAGAAUAAUCAACCUAUAAAUGACCAAUAUAGAAGAAUAGCAGGAUAUUUAUUACUUGUAUUUUAUGGAAAUAUUGAAGAAAAUCCUGAAGAAUGGAUUAGAGAUUUUACAUAA